AUUACGAGUAUUUACACCCCCGCCCCACACACACACACACACAUUCCAAAUGUUUCUUGCGAAAGAGUAUCCCCCGCGGGAAGGGUGGCCGCCUCAAUGAUAAUAUGAUUAUUCAAAGUACCAGAAGUCUAUCAAAAUUAAAUUUUAAAGUCAAAUUAUAGUAUAAAAUGCAUGGACUGGAGAACCUCACAGUCAGAGAAAGAGUGAAUACUGAAUACAAAUAAAAAAAAACUACAAAAAUAGUUUCAAGUUAAGUGAUUCAAGUCGGGAAUCUUCUCUUAUUGGGUCGAACUGCUACACUACUAUAUAAUGGAAGGAUUAACAGAGAAGAAUAAUAUCUCUAAACACAAAUCCUUACUCCUUACUACAUUUUAUAAGAUAUUUGGAGACAACAAAUAUUUCAAACAAAUUUCAACAAAUUCCUGCGUCAAUUGGAUCAGAUCAGAAAGGAAAAUGAUUCUAUUUUCGGUCAUGCCAUUAAUCCACUUAAAAAAUUGCACGCGAACAAAGUCGUCCUGGGUUCAGUAGAACAUAGAACAGAGUCGUAUAUCAGGGGAUGGCAAUAUUGUGUGCAAAAGUGUUCCAUUCAUUCAUAUUUCUUUUCAUUUUUGUUUGUUGUGUGUAAAUAUUAGCACUAUUUUUAGAGCUCGGUGGGAGGGUCCCAUUCUAAAAGUAGUACCUACGUUCAAGAAUGUAUGACACGCAUACAGCAAUAAUUCCAUGUGGAACAUCUGUCAUCGUUCUAACGAGUGGCUCAAGGUAGAGUGCUCUCUUUUCCCUGGUCAUCGUUUUCCGUCAUCUCUUCUACAGUUCUGGCUAAGGCCUCCGCCUCAACGGACUGACUAGUGAUGCCUAAGGCCGAGUCGUUACCUUCGAAAGGUCUCUCAUUGGGUUGGAUCUUGUGUGUGGCAUGUGCCACGCUGUUUUCCACAGGUUUGGCCCAGGUGGACGACAUUGACAAUGCCGUCAACAGCACCAUCAACGAUACAGAGCCCAUCCAAGAACAUCCCAGUGAGGUCCAAAAAGCGGUAUGCACUGUGACUGCUGGUGAGAUCAAAGCGUCUGCCGAAGCUGUUACUACAAAGACCCUAAAGGGAGUCUGUGGAUCGGACGAAAUGAACUUGGCCUUCAAAAACCUAGAGACUAAACUUUACGCGGAGCUUCGUGAAAUAAAAUGGCUAUUGGAGCAAGUGGCAAUGGCCAAUUCGGUAGAAAUAAGCGCUGCCCCUCCUCCACCACCAGUGACGCAAAGGAAUACCCCUUCCAAUAAUGUCAAACUAGAUGAAAUCCUAAAGGCGAUGGAGACAAAGGCUAGCACAAAAAAGAUGCCCAUACUGAAGGAGCUGGCGACGAACCAUAACGCCUUGCAGGGAGUGCGAGAUGAGGAGGUUAAUAAGUUCAAUAAUACCAUGCUGGCUGACCAGGACUUUAAAUUGUUUACAUACUACUGGAAGUUGGAAAAUUUCACGAACAGAAUUGAAGACCUUUCGACGAGCAGUGUCAAUAGUCCUAUAUUUAGCAUCAGAGGCAAAUCCCUUCAGCUGAGGUGCACCUUUCAUCAUUUGAAUCGCGAGCUACUGAACCUACAGCUGGGCUAUGCCCAUGUCCUACCAGGCGAUCAGAAGAACAUCGUUUUAGAUAUGGGGGGAAUAUUCAAGACGAUGAAACAUUGGACGGACGGCACGCCAUUUAAGCACAAAAUCUCUAUACUGGAUCAGAAUUACAGCCACCGGAAGGCAAAGGAUCUCGGCUCACAGGAGCUGACCAAACUGGAGACGGGCUUUUCCAUACCGCACAGUGCACUUCUGGGCAGCACGUACAUCAAGCAGAACUCGCUGUUGAUACAGAUCAUAUUGUAUUUAUGAAUGACAGAAACAAAAUUUUAUUCGGUUCAGAUAUUAAAUCAAAGAGAGACCAAAACCACGUACUAUAAGUUUAUAUUGAACAAACUUCGGGGUCGCUCACAGUUUACUGCGUGCACCCUUGGCCUUGAUGUCGAGGAAUGGCAAUGCGAUCGGAUAUAGUUCCUUGCACGACUUGAA